AUGGCAACCAACCAGAGUCCAACCGUCGGCGCUGCUCCCGCCAACUCCCAGCGCGAGCAGACCAUCAACGAAAGCAAUUCACCCAUCCUCGCCUCCGAUAGCGAAUUCGACUCCAAUCAGGAACAGCAGCCUCCAACACGCUCGCCCACCCCUUCGCCACCACCUCCCAGUCUAGGCGCCACCUCCGCCCUGGCAACCGCCACCACCGCGUCCUCCUCCCUCGCUGCCGAUGCUCAGGCUACCCGCCCCGCUAACAGGACCCUCCACGUCCCUGCUGCCCUCCGCAGGAACACCAGUACCUUUGUCCCGUUCUCAGAGAUUCCGUCCCUGCCCGCCUUCCUGAACAACUGCAAUCUCUCGCAAUACUUGCAAUCGUUCAACGAAGCAGGUGCCUCAGACGACGCCAUGCCCCUCAUCAUCGACUUUGACGACGACGAGCUCAAGAGUAUUAUGGACGCCAUUCCAAUGAAGCCCUUUCAUGCCGUGACCUUCAGGAAGGGAAUCCGGGAUCUUCGGGAACGCAGUCGACUAGGGUCCAUGCACUUUGACAACCCUCAGAGCUCCUUCAUGCAGCCAGAGCCCCACAGUAUGCUGCAAUAUUCCCACUCUCAGUUCUUCCAGCAGCACUCUCAGCACUCUCAGCCUUCCCAGCAUUCUCAGUCCUCUCAGUCCUCUCAACAACCUCUCAACCUGUCCCAGUCGUCUAGAGGAUACAACGGAGGCUCCUUCCAGGCUCCAGGACUCUAUCACCAGGCAUCUACCACUGGCAAGAGCAGCAGCCAACGUACCAACGCGCAGUCAUCAACCCAAGGUCUUCCGACUCCCUCACAGGUCCUGUCUUCGGGAGGCAUCUAUCAGUACGUUGGCCCGGCGCCUCGUGGAUCUACAGGUCAUUACCUGUCGCACUCGGAUACUGUCGCACCCCAGGAGUCACCUCAAGCGCGCCGUGCUUCCAGUAGUCUCGAGGCAGGACAGGGAACCAAAAGGAGGCGGUCAUCAACACCUGAAGACAACUCGCAGGCACACCCAGAACCCAGCUCGUUCAACUCCAAUUCGUCGUCAUCAUGGAGCAACACGCCCAACCAGACAUCACAGUCGGCCGAACUGGAUCCAGCAACGAGGGAAUUAAUUAUGCAUCAGGCGUUGAUUUACGGAAAGCAUUCGUCGCGCUCGCUCACCAAAUACGAGCACGCCAUCAACUGUGCGGCGCAAAACCUUGCCCUGGAGGAUUCGAGCCUGUUGACCAACAAGGGACUGCUCUGGAAUAAGGCCAAGGCCAAGUUGCUGGAGGAGGACUAUCACUACAAGCGCGGAAAGUCGCGAUCCAAGUUGCCAGAGGCAGCCGUGAAGAAGGACCAUAAGGCAAGCAAGGAACGUCUGAUCCAAAAACGAGAGGCGAACGCGUCGAAUGCUGCGACUGCCCGUCUCCGACGCAUUGCAUCCCUUGGGGAACAGUUGCAUCGCAAGACCGCCGAGCGGGAGGCACUACUUGCCCAAUUGCUCCGCCUAGAGGCUGCCGAGUACAAGAUCGCGCACGCGGAUACCUAUGAGACCGAGGCCAAGGAGCUGCGUGAGAACCUGGCCCGAGUCGAGACGAAUCGACAGAGUGUUUCGAAGGAACUCGGCUCGCUCAAGAACAAGGAACGGAAACAUCAGUGGUACGAGAAGCGCAAGAAGGUCCGCACGGACGGAGACCCUUCAGAGGUGGACGAGAGGGGAGCAAAUGCUGGCACGGAUGCGGAGGCGGACGAGGAGGCUGAGACAGACACCACAGUCGAUCCAGAAGGCGAUGCUAGUCAAAAAUCGCUAACGGGCAAGCCCGCUGUCGCCACGGCAGCUGGUACGCCAAGUGUUACCAAGGCCGAACCAAAACCGCUCACAUGGAAGGCACAUCAACCUACACUCGCCUCCUUGGGUCUAGAUGGAAGCAAGGCAACAUCAACAAGAUCAAAGAAGCGUAAGGAUAUUUUCAGACCAAGUGAACACACGCCAGGAGUUCAAGGUUGA